UAUCUAAACAUACAUAUUUAUUCCAUGUCACCUUUUAAAACAAAGUGCAUGUGCAGUUUGAAUUCCCAUGCAUAGUAUUUUAUUACUGUAACUGAAAAUGUUAGUAGACUAUAACCUAGAACGAUGGCUAAUGGUAAUGCUAGUUCUGCUGCCGCGUGCUUUCUCCGAUACUGGUAAAGUGGUGUUCCAAUUUCCCGAAUAUGACUACAAGGAAACAAGCAAAAAUGAAAUGGCCUUCCGGGAGUACGAAUCUGCUUGUGACCAGAGCGCUCGCUGCUCAAUCCAUGACGGUAUUCAGAAGACGCGUUGCAUACGGGAGUGCGUGUCACCUUCGUGCUAUCAGGAAAUUUACAAAUUUGAUGAGCUGGAGGAAGGAGAGAUUGACGUGCGGCUCAAUUCGUUUCGGGCAUGUUUUAUGCUACGUCUAAAUAGAAAUCGUGGAUAGGAUUUUGUUUUCAAUUCUAGACCAAAUAAUAAUGGAAGGUGUUCGGAUCUCAGUG